CUCUCGCCCAACUCCUCCCUCCGUGAACCUCUGCCUUCUCAUCCUCUGGGUACAGCCGGCCUGUCCAGGAACCUUCCACAUCUGUCUAAGCGGGCGAUGUCCCUGGUGCCGUGACCGAACCGUUCCUGAACCCGACAACCGGGACAACAUCCUCCCUCCCUCCCUCCCCCUCAACUCCGUCGCCAUGGCCAGCGCACACGCACACUAUCCCCACGAGGAUCUCCCUGACGAUGAAUCGAUCCUGGACGACGAUGUGAUCGACGCCGACGAUGCUAUCGAUGCCGACGACCCCUUGAAUGAUACCUCGGAUACCGCCCCGCUGCGAGGCAACAUCCAGCCCGAGCCCUCCAGCUCCCGCGCCGCAAACCUCUCCGGAAAUUACCUGACCUCCUCGAUCCCCGGCGAGGACCGCCGCGCCACCCAGAGCACCAUCGAUGAGACCGUCUGGGAGACCGUCUCGCGCGACUUGCGCGCCGUCUGGGAGAAGAUGCGGCAGGUCCUGUGGCCUAAAUACCUGAUCGGGGGGAUGCUGCAGCGCGGGGGUGGUGGCAUCGGUGCCGCCGAGCGAGGCGAGGCUACGGGCUUCGGCGGUGGAUUGCGCAAUAUGGUGGGACGUUGGCCUGAUGCCGAUGUCGUCUUGCAGGGUGGUAUGAGUGAGGGUCUUAGGGAUUGGGAUCUCUGGGGCCCGUUGAUUUUCUGCCUGCUCCUGAGUAUGUUCCUGUCGAUGCGCGCCAAGGAGGACCAGGCGUCGCUGGUCUUCUCCGGGGUGUUCUCGAUUGUGUGGAUCGGCGAGGCGGUGGUCACGCUGCAGAUCAAGCUGCUUGGCGGUACUAUCUCCUUCUUCCAGUCGGUCUGUAUUAUCGGAUACACGCUCUUCCCUCUGGUCAUCGCCUCUGUCCUCAGUGCCUUCGGUCUCCCGACCAUUGCCCGGAUACCGGUUUAUCUCGUGCUGAUUGCGUGGUCGUUGGCGGCGGGCGUGAGUAUUCUGGGCGGCUCGGGGGUGCUUCGCAACCGGGUGGGCAUUGCGGUCUACCCGCUGUUCGUGUUCUAUAUUGCGAUCGGGUGUCUCUGCUUUAUUAGUUAGGGGGGUGGAGGCUGUAAGGAGAGAACCGGGAUUAGUGGUGGUGGCAGGAAGUGGCGGGGACGACGCGAAAAGGGAGAGGCUGUUGGUUUUGGCGUGGACUGCUUUGCUUCUGUUCCGUGUUUGUAUGUUCUGCGAUAGA